AGUCCGGCACAUAACCAGUUCUAAUACUGCUUGUUAGUACUUCAAAUUAAAUGAAUUUGCACUCGUGAAACAUUGCGUUUAAAUUAGGCUUAAAUAUUUUGUGUUUGGUGAACAAAUAAACUGUGCAAAAAGUUUUUAAUUCGGAGUUUCUACUUGAAGGCAAGAUGCAGUGUGAAAAGGAUAAUUUUCAACAACUACGGGCAAUUUUACAGAAUCUCUCUCAACUUCAAACCACUUUUAUAAAUAAAAAUCAAGUCAAGGAUAGUGCAGUAUUAUCAAUUGAAGAACAUGUUAAAACAGUGUCAUCUAUGGAGCAUUUUAAGGCUCUGGACCAAAGCCAGUUUGAUAAGACAAUCAAGAAAGUCCAAGCUGACUUUGAUAAUGUGAUGCUCACAGAAGAGUUAUUGGUGCCAAGUGUUUGGACUUUAUCUAACAACAGUGAUGUAAAAGUGUCAUUACAAGUGAGUUCACGAGAAAACCGCGUCCCUCCGGUUCUGGAUGCUUUGUUGUAUAUAUUUUCUUUAAGCACCGAAAGUUUUAGACAAAAGUACUUUAAGGAGCUUAUAAAAACAUAUUAUGAAUUUUUAAUGCAGCAGCUUGCAAGUUUGCAUAGUAAUGCAUCAGAUAAGAUAACGGAUCUUUACAUGGACCUUCAAGUAAGAAUACUGCUCCCGGUUGCCAAAAUUAUACUAGUAAGUGAAUAUCACAAUUCUAAGCAAGUUUCAUCAGAACUGUUGAAUAAUCUAGCAAACUAUUUUCAAUAUCCCUUGAUACAUCAAGAAGAAGUAUAUGAGGUGGUUUGUAAAAAACUAGACUCCACCGAUUUCCAUUUGGUUAGCUACAAAUUGGUGUCAUUGUCGGAAAAAAAUGGACACCUAGGAGAGUACUAUUACCUCAAAGUGGUUUUACAAGAAGAAACUUUAGACUUCUUUUGUAAAUUUUUACUAGCCAGCACUGAAUACUUACGAGAAAUUAUUGAAACGAGGAAUAUUGGCAAAAAAGAGAAUUUCUUCUAUGGCACCCUUUAUCCUUUAUUCCAAAAGUAUGGUCUAGAAAAACUGUUGGAUUUCGCGCCCAAAUGUUACCUGCGUGGCAUUAGCGGUUAUAUGGUACUGGAUAAUCUUACUGAACUAGGAUAUAGCACACCUGAAGUCAAUACUGUUCUAAAUUUAGAUGGUCUCAAGGCUGUGUUGGAUAAGCUGGCAAAAUUCCAUGCCUGCUCCUUCAUAACAGAAGAGAGGCUAUCAGAAGAGUCUGGAAGACAAGUCAGCUUAUAUGAUAUUUACGAAAGAGAUUUAGCUGAAAAACUUUGGACUUACGAAGGGACUAUGGCCGAUUUAAUGGAUAGAAAUAUAAGCAAUUUUACAUAUGUUUUAAAUAAAUUUCCAGAUUUAGUAGAAGAACUUAAUAUGUCACCAGAGGUAUUUCAAGAAGCAAUUAAAGAUUUCCUUUACAGUAUCUUAUUUAUCUCCAAAAUGCCUGGCAGUAGAAGAAAGGUUGUUAAUCAUGGAGAUCUUUACGUAGGGAAUACCCUUAUCAAAUAUGGUCCAGAUAACCUAGUUAUUGACGGAAAGCUCAUCGAUUUCCAGGUCGUAAGGUACCUUUCUCCCGCCUAUGAAAUGAUGUUUUUUAUUCACCUGACAUCUACCAAAGAAACUCGUACUAAGCAUUUGAAAUAUUUACUAGACUGGUACUAUGAUACGCUUAGAAAAUAUUUAGAAGAGUUUGGUCUGGAUUUACACAAAAUAUAUAGUAAACAAGAUUUUGAGAAAGACGUUUACGAAAUGAAGCCCAUUGCUGUGGCAAUGGCAUUUGCAUAUGGACAUACAACCCUUAUGGACACAGAUAUUCGAAAAGAGGUUAUAUUCGAUCAAGAGAAGUUCGACUAUUACAUGGAAAAUCAAAGAGAUGAACUGACCGAUCUUUGCUGGAAGAGUGAGAAAUAUAAGGAAAUGAUGAGGGGCUUGAUGACAGAUUCCGUUGAUUUAUUGAAGAACGGAUUCAGAUGGGACCGAUCAUUAUUGGGCAUAAAAGGGCUUUAGUUAAUAUAGACUUAACUGUAAGAUGUUUUUCUAAAUAAGGAAUUAUAGGAUAUAGUGUUAUUAGUAUAUUUAAAACGUUUUAGUUUUGAAGCUCGAUUUUCUCUAAUAAUGUAAUAAAGUACUUUAAUCUUGAAAUAAAGGCGACUCAUUGUA